AAAGCUGACGUAAUCAUACGGCGACCGUUGAGCAGCGAUAUUCCGUCGACACACGAGGAUGUGCCAGUGUCGGUGAAAAUCUCGUAUUUUGAGGAUUAUCUCGGUAUCACAGCUCACCGAGACACAGAGCGAGCGGCGGAGGAGCGGCAGGACGUCCCGACAUGAGCGAGCUGUCGGCGCUGGGGCUCUCGGACUGGCUGGUGAAGCAGUGCAGGCAGCUGGGCAUCAGCAGGGCCACCCCGGUCCAGGAGAACUGCAUGCCGGCCAUCCUGCAGGGUCGUGACUGCAUGGGCUGCGCCAAGACGGGCAGCGGGAAGACGGCGGCCUUCGUCCUGCCAGUGCUGCAGAAACUGUCCGAGGAUCCAUACGGCAUCUUCUGCCUGGUGCUCACUCCUACCAGGGAGUUGGCGUACCAGAUCGCCGAGCAGUUCCGAGUGCUGGGGAAACCUCUGGGCCUGAGGGACUGCAUCAUCGUUGGUGGAAUGGACAUGGUGACGCAGGCCCUGGAGCUGUCCAGGAAGCCCCACGUGGUGGUGGCGACGCCGGGCCGGCUGGCCGAUCACAUCCGCAGCUCCAACACCUUCAGCAUGAAACAGAUCCAGUUCCUGAUCCUGGACGAGGCUGACCGGCUCUUGGAGCAAGGCUGCACCGACUUCACCAAAGACCUGGAGGUGAUCCUGCAGGUUCUGCCGGCCAAGAGGCAGACGCUGCUGUUCAGCGCCACGCUGACCGACACCCUGCAGGAGCUCAAGAGCAUCGCCCUCAACAAACCCUUCUUCUGGGAGAGCAAGUCCGAGACCCGCACGGUGGAGGAGCUGGACCAGAGGUACAUCCUGACCCCAGAGAAGGUGAAGGACGCCUACCUGGUCCACCUGAUCCAGACCUUCACUGACGAGCACGACGACUGGUCCAUCAUCAUCUUCACCAACACGUGCAAGAACUGUCAAAUCCUCACCAUGAUGCUGCGGGCCUUCAACUUCCCGACCAUCUCUCUGCACUCCAUGAUGAAACAGAAACAACGGUUCGCCAACCUGGCCAAGUUCAAGUCCAGCGUCUACAAAAUCCUGAUUGCGACGGAUGUGGCGGCCAGGGGUUUGGAUAUUCCAACUGUCCAGGUCGUCAUCAACCACAACACGCCCGGCCUGCCCAAGAUCUACAUCCACAGAGUCGGCCGGACUGCCAGAGCAGGGAGAAACGGAGUAUCCAUCACACUGGUGACACAGUAUGACAUCCACCUGGUUCAUUCCAUUGAGGAACACACUCAGACCAAGCUGAAGGAAUACCCUGUGGAGGAGGAAGAAGUUCUGCAGAUUCUCACCCAGGUCAACGUGACCAGGCGGGAGUGUGAAAUAAAACUGGAGUCAACAGACUUUGAUGAGAAAAAGGAGAUUAACAAGAGGAAGCAGUUGAUCUUAGAGGGGAAGGAUCCAGACCUGGAGGCCAAGAGAAAAGCAGAGCUGGAGAAGAUCAGGAGCCAGAAGAAGAAGUUCAAGGAGAAGAUCCAGGAGAACAUCCAGAAACAGAAAAAUGCACAGCUGAAAAAGAAACUGAUGAAGAAAAAAUACAUUAAAAAGAAAAAGGCAGAGCAGAUGGCCAAGUGAUACUGCUGUGUAGACUGUGUAUAUACCAGAAAAUUUUUAUUGUGCAAUACCCUUGUAAUAUUGUUUGAAUAGCUGAGCAUUUAUAAAUAAAUGGCAACUUGCUGAAUCUGCCCAUUA